AUGGCCUCAUCUAGAGAGGUCUUCUCCGUUGGAGGUAUCGACGUCGCACAAAAGAAGAUCUCGCCCAUCGAUGACCCUCAUGCGAAUUACAACGGCCUGAGCCCAUCAUCGACCACGUUGCCUAAGGGUUACAAGAAGGACCCUUCUCGUCGAGGCUUUGAAGUUGCAACGAUUUGGGAUCGAGAUGUUGAGGUGCCGAUGCGAGAUGGGAUAAUCCUUCGUGCCGAUGUGUUUCGGCCGGCAGAUGUCAACGAGAAGAUCCCUGCAUUGAUAGCUUGGAGUCCGUACGGGAAGUCUGGAACAGGUUUUCUAGGGCUGGAUCUCGUUCCAGGUCGAGUCGGCAUCCCGAAAAGCAUGCUUUCCGGCUUUGAGUCUUUCGAGGCGCCAGAUCCUGCCGAGUGGACCGCACACGGAUACGCCGUAGUCAAUGUCGAUACGAGGGGUAUCUUCAAAUCUGAAGGCAACCAGAGGUGGAACGGAACUGCCGAGGGAAGGGAUGGAUAUGAUGCUGUCGAAUUCAUAGCUAGCUUACCUUGGUGUAAUGGCUAUGUUGCUUUGAUCGGUGUCUCUUGGUUAGCCAUGGCCCAGUGGUACAUUGCGGCAGAGAGACCCCCACAUCUGAGCUGCAUUCUGCCAUUGGAAGGCUUGAGCGACAUGUACCGUGAAUCUCUCUGCCGUGGCGGGGUUCCAUAUCUGCCGUUCUGGCACUUCUUGAGAGAUCAUGGCCUAUAUGGUGAAAAUCUGCAGGAGGACCCCAUCGCAAUGCUGGAUAAGUAUCCAUUCAUGAACGCAUAUUGGGAGGAUAAACGGGCGAAGGUGGACUUGAUCAAUGUUCCUGCGUACAUACUUACCAGCAUGUCAACUGGCCUGCAUACUGUUGGCUCGAUCCGGGGGUUUGAAGACAUACCACAUAACAAGAAAUGGCUCCGCUUGCAUCCAACCCAGGAAUGGCACGACUUAUACCAGAAGGAGACCACGGAUGAUUUGAAGAAAUUCCUGGAUUUCUACACGAGAGGUAUCAAAAACAAUUGGGAGGAGACCCCAAAGGCUCGAAUCUCCGUGAUUCGCUAUAAUCAGCCGCCGAUCAAAAACGUCCCUUUCUCGACAUGGCCGAUCCCUCAGACCCAGUAUAAAACACUAUGGCUUUCAGGGGGACAGUCCCUAAAAGACAUGUACAGAACCGCUGAAAAGGGCGAAGUUUCGUAUCAGUCCGAUGCCCCCGCUGCACAGGUUGACAACGACCCCGAGUUCGUGGAGUUUAUCUAUUCUUUCGCUGAAAAGUCCACGAUCGUCGGCCCGUCGAAGGCGAUCCUAUACAUGUCAUGUACCGACCACGAUGACAUGGACAUCUUCGUGAUCAUCCGCAAAGGGGACAAAAAUGGGAAGAUCCUGCAGAACAUCAACAUUCCACUAAACGAGCUCGGCGUGACAUCCGAGGAAGAGGUCCAAGAUAUCAACAGCUUGAAAUAUAUUGGCCCCUCUGGUAUUUUGAGGGCGAGCCAUCGUGCCCUCGACUCGAAACUAUCCAAACCGCAUUGGCCUGCCCAUGACCACACGCAGGAACAGAAGAUUCCGCCGGGUCACAUAGUGAAGUUGGAGAUCGGAAUAUGGCCGGCAGCGAUUCAAUUUGAGGCCGGUGAAAAGCUGAUCUUUAGGGUCGCUGGCCAUCAGAUGACGCUUGCGGAAUUUACUCCAUUACGGGGGCAGUUCCAUACAGGAAACAAGGGAAAACAUACUCUGCACUUUGGGGGUCAAUAUGAUAGUCACCUCGUGGUCCCUUUCGUUCCGAUCUGA